CGUACAGGUUGAGGGGACAUACAAGUGGCUAUUCCCGCUGCUAUUGAUUGCGUCCAUAAAGUUGUAGACACUCCCGCUCGGGAAGAUCCAAGCAAAGACGUUUGGAUCCAUCGUGGAUAUGGCCGUAUAUCGCGAUGCAGGAACAAUGCAGAAAAUUAAGGGACUGUCAGGGGGGGCUAUUCUACUUCCCUUUCGCACCAUCUCCGAACAUCCCCACACCCACUACCCACGCACGAUGCCUGCACUCACUCGAACAAAUCGCCAGAAGUUAGUCGGCCGAGAAACCUUUUUCAAUGGUCGCAAUCAUCAAACGCUACAAGAACAUUACCAUCGUUCAGGACCCCAACGUAAACAUCGAGGACGACGACCAGCGUCUUGCCCUACUUGCCGAACUACGGGCACAGACAGCCCCUCCACCAGCCGACAUGGACAUUGAUGCCGUCAACAAAGACUCCGAGAUCUCUCCAACAGACCAAACCGGCCGUCCGCUCCCUCCGAAGCAAUAUGGCUGUCCGCCAUGCCGCCCUCCAGAGUAUACCGUUCCUUUCGACAUCGAAGCGAGAAUACCACAACAACACCCUGCCGCCAUAUACUACCUUAACCUCGCAGGCAGUUUCCACCCUAUCCUUCUUAGCAGACAGUUGUCGGAAUGGCAAGGCUUCCGACUGUGCCAGGAGGGCAAGCGCAAGAAAUAUGGAAAUUCCCACGAUUCGGAGCGCAUGCUGAGGGAAUGGAUGGAAGACGGCCGGUAUAUGUUGCGGAAGUAUGACUACCCUGAGGUUGCCUCCCUCAUUGCCUGGUCCUAUGAUUUCAAAAACCAAUCCCCUCUCCAGACCUGGAUCGAAUUCCAGGUGCAGGGACAAACCUAUCUCUCACCCACCCCAUUUCUCAAAGAGUUCCUUCUCAAAAGCCGAAAAAGACAAGACAGCAAGCCCAACACACUUGAAGCUGUCAGCGGAAUGUCACGCUCAAUAAAAGAUGUCGAUGCGGACCACUACGGCGCGUUCGCCACCGCCCUCGUUAACCUACUACACACAAGCAUCGCGGAGCACACGUACGCGGAGAUCAUUGACGGGAUCCCGACGGCAGAUACCUGGUAUGCUUAUCAUGGAGUUCGUCACGACAUCAUUGAGGCGCAUCGCGAGCUUUGCCCGGGCACCCUCGACACCGCGCGACAAUUCCGAGCGGAUCUUCACCCCGAGCAUCUAGCCUUUAAUUCAACGGUUGCCAUAUCCCUCCCGAUCCUGUGUUCGCGAACCUUCAAGCUGCGAUUGAUAGAAAUGCUCGCUAUUGCGUGUCAUGACCUUGCUGCUCUCCUGCAUCAAAAGUAUGAGGGAGGUUUCCAUAAAGGCGCGCAUGCCUGGACACCGGCGAACGUUUCGACGCCCCGGUGGCAAAUCGCGCCUCAGCCCCCACGGCCUCCAACCGUGUUUCUUCAUGCUGCCUACGACGCCUUUGAUCAGUAUCCCAGAGGUGUCGCGGACAUGGUCGGUUAUUGGGCUGGAUCACGCGUCUUCGGCGGGGUUGUGCUUUUUGACCGAGGAGAAGACGAAAUGGGCUGCCACGAUGUCUUCCUUUACCCGAAUGGGGGCCGCCGUCUCAUUUUCCAGCCCUCAGAAGAACAAGUGGACCGCUUGUACACCUUUUUGACAACGCCAGCCUCCGAAACUGAUGAGAUUUCACCUCCAUUACGUCUCAUUCCCGAGAAAUACGCUCGGCGCGUGGACCCUUGGGACGCUUUUGGGUCGUUGCACAUCUUCCGCAAUCGCUAUGAGCGUAGGAGGGGCCCGAGGCCGAGAGGUCACCUCGUUGCUUUGGAAGACGAUCCCCAAGGCCAGGACCUUUUGGAAAUAAUCAGAGAACGGUACGCUUAAUCUGAGGAGUCUGUGUUGGGACCGUCUAGAGGGAUAGGGAAAUAAGUGUGGAUAUAUAGGAACGAGAUACCCCACACAUCUAACACAAUAUGGUUUAUCACACAUCGAUAAGGUGGCUAAUAAGUGUAUCUGAUAUAUCUCCCGAACGUGGAAUUAUGGUGACAACAUGUUAAUUAGUCAGGAGACUUUCUUCAUAAAAGGCACGAGAGACAAAAAGGAGAC